AUGAGUAAAAUACAGAAUACAUCCGAACUGGAGAACCGAGUAAGCGUAAAAAAACCAAGACUGGUAGGUAAAGAACAAGGGAAAUUUGUGGAACUACCAGGAGCUGAAAUGGGCAAGGUUGUUGUUAGGUUUCCCCCAGAAGCCAGCGGGUUAGUAUAUUUUUUGCAUAAUUAUUGAUUAUAUAUGUAUGCAUGCGUACCUAUUUACAUUAAAAAUAGUUUAAUUCAGUGACGGCUCGUGGAAUAGUGCACAGGCACCUAAAAUUUUGAAAACUAUACAUUUGUAUGUUACUACAAUAUAAAAUUAUAUUAUUUAUUAUUAUAAAAUAUAUAGAUUAUAAACUAGAAAUGCAUUCAUAUUUAUUGUAGAGAUAAGAAUAAUUAGUUUGAAAAUUCAAGAAAAACUAAUGUUAUCGCACAUAUGCUCAUUAUACACAGUAUGCAGCGAUCACAGAAUAUGGAUGGGCAAAUACAUUUUGUACACCAGUUGCAUAUGCGCAUUUGACCUUCUCAUUCCUACUACUGACACAACUACUAUUAGACUUAGUGGUGUGUUAGUGUGUGGUGGCUGUAUAACUGUCUGCCACUGUUUAUUGAGAAUAUCAUGCAUUAAGAACUGAUUAUUUCUUUUGAAUAAUAAAUUCAUAAAUAAUAUUAUUUAAUAUGACAAAAAAAAACAUAACUAUUUAAUAUAUUGUAAAUUUCUAUCUAUGAAUCUCAUAUAUAAAACAAAUAUAUUCAUAUUUCAAUAAAAUAUUUGUUUUAGUUCUUGUUUUCUGAAUUGACUGUACUUAUUCAACUUAUACAAUUUUUUAAAUGUGCACUAUCAAUUAUUUUACAUACUAGCCGCUACUGGUUCAAUUGUUAUACAUAGUUAAUAAUUUUUAUAAUUGUAUGUUUUAGAUAUUUACAUAUUGGCCACGCCAAGGCAGCCCUUUUAAACCAACAUUAUCAACUGGCUUUUAAUGGUAGACUAGUAAUGCGUUUUGAUGAUACCAAUCCUGCAAAAGAAAAAGAAGAUUUUGAAAAGGUAAAAUUAUUUAUUUCAUGUUUACAUUAUGUAUGAAAUAUUAAGUUUCUAUUGUAAUAGUAUUAUGAAAAUAAUAUUUUAGAUCAUAACACCAAUAUGUAAAUUAAUACACGUUUUGUUUUGAAUUUGUAUUUAUUGUUCUAGGUCAUACUAGAAGAUGUUGAUAUGUUAAAAAUUAAACCAGACAAUUUUACAUAUACUUCAGAUUAUUUUGAUGCCAUGUUACUUAUGUGUGAAAGUUUAUUAAAAGCAGGGCAUGCUUUUAUAGAUGAUACAGAUGGAGAAAAAAUGCGUUUGGAGCGUGAACAACGAAUUGAAUCUAUUAAUCGCAAUAAUUGUAAGUGCAUUAAAUUCAUAUAUUAAUUUUUCAUAGAAAAGAAAACGAUUAUUAUUUUAUAAGAUAUAAAUAAAACAUUUUUAACUAACUAAAACAAUUUUUCAUUUGUGUUUCAGCAAUUGAAAAAAAUCUUGAACUAUGGAAUCAAAUGAAAUUAGGUUCAGUGGUUGGUCAAANAGCCUGA